AUGCUCACGAGCACCGUGGCGUCCGACGAGCGCUUGUCGAUGGGCCUGCAGCAGAGGCCAAUCUGGACGCCCUUGGAGGAGCCCUUUUGCUGGCGCCCGCUGUCGAACCGCCUUGGGCUGCACGCGUUCGCGCUGGACUUGUUCCUGUGGCGUACCAACAUGACCGCGAUCGGCGACAAUUCGAGCAAGAAGGGCGGGCUGAGACCAGCGAAGCGUGGUUUCGCGGAGCGCGGCUCUGGAUACGAGGGCAGCGCCGCGAACCUCCAGGGCUUCAGCACCGCGGACGCCUCGCUGCACUGUGGGUUCGUGGGGUACGUGGUGUCGGAGUUCGAGAAGAUCUGCGGCUCCGGCAGCGACUUCUGCUCGCCGCGCGUCCUGCUGCCCAGCAGCCUCCUCGUACCGUUCCAAGGCUACCUCGAGUCCGACGGGCUACGCUCGGGAAUCACCUGGGACAUUUGCGAGUAUUCUGGCGACAACCCGAGGAGCGACAUGCUGGUGACGGUGCGACACUCCGUGGUGAUCGUCGUGAGGGAGGAGGACUGGUCCUCGCCGGAGCGCGCCUGGCAGCUGCACGCGGACGCCAUCGGCGACGAGGAUGUGGCCGGUCCAGCUGCGGCCCCGGUGGUGGUGCUCACCUGCAUGCAGCACGGCGUGGAGGUCGGGCAAACCGUCAUUAAUAAGCUGCUGCAGACUUGGGCGUGGAUCACGGAGAAGGACGCCGUCCGCGGAGAGGAUAUCACCCCGUGGUCGUUCUUCGCGCCGGUCGCUGGAGCGAUGCAGUCCCUCCAGAACAACGAAAAGGCCGCCGAGAAGCUGGCAGCCGAAGUCCGGCCGCUGCUGAGGGACAGCCGCUCUUGCAUCAGAGAGAGUAUUCUCGUCUGA